CUAGUGUACCCAUUGCCCUCUCGAUCGUGCGUGUAGAAACUGGCGUCAAGAUGCCGGCGGCUUUGGCAAGGCCUUGCCAGCUUAGUGCCCGGGCUUGGAAACCGUAUUGCCAGAUAAUGCUUUCUAUUGGUAGCAAAUUGGCUGGCGUAAGGACCGGCUUCCGGCCCCUGGAUUCCACCUCUGGGUGCUGCUGUUUGCGCGCGUUGUGCAGGAUCUGCUAGCCUGACUAGCGGCUUACACCAAAAGAGCUGAAAACAUCGUUCUUAUGUGUGGAAUCUUAUGGCCUUCCAGAAAGCGAAUGGCGCCAAGAACUUGUGCCUUGAUAGGCGUAGUAAAGUGCGUAUCACCAAGAGCCAUGGAAGUGGUGGAAGUGGUAGAAGUGGUGGAAGUGGUGGAAGUGGUGGAAGUGGUAGAAGUGGUGGAAGUGGUGGAAGUGGUGGAAGUGGUAGAAGUGGUGGAAGUGGUAAAAGUGGUGGAAGUGGUAGAAGUGGUGGAAGUGGUGGAAGUGGUGGAAGUGGUAAAAGUGGUGGAAGUGGUAAAAGUGGUGGAAGUGGUAAAAGUGGUGGAAGUGGUAAAAGUGGUGGAAGUGGUAAAAGUGGUGGAAGUGGUAAAAGUGGUGGAAGUGGUAAAAGUGGUGGAAGUGGUAGAAGUGGUGGAAGUGGUGGAAGUGGUAAAAGUGGUGGAAGUGGUAGAAGUGGUGGAAGUGGUAGAAGUGGUGGAAAUGGUAGAACUAGCGGUGUGGUGCGUGGUGUGAUGGAAAAGUGUAGAAUUGUUAGGGGGCUUGUUAGUGCAGUGGGUCACGUAGCAGGCUUUGGUGUGCGGAUUUUUCUGGCAACCGGUCGCCUGCAUCAAAUACUUCACUUCCGUUGCCCUGUGAAUGCGCGUGACAUAUAGCUAUAGUAGCGAUCCUCUUCCUAGUUGCUAUUGACUGCCGUCACACCUGGCCUGCGACGGAAAUGGCGCCUUUGGCCUGGGUUGGGAUUUAGUCGAACUGCCCUCGCUUGAACGCAAGACGGUGGAUGCUUUUCCCAAGUACGUUAAUGAUGAGGACAGCUUUGUUAUGCUUGCCGGGAAGGAGAUGGUUCCCGCCUCUGGUAAACGGUGAUCAGACUUCUUCCCAGAACCUAAUUUCAAACCUGGUAAUUUCGCUUCGAUGGCUAAUUGGGGCCCUCGGACAAGGCAGUAGCAGAGAAGGCGUU